UUUUUUAGGGCUUCAAAGUUGGGUUGGUUCUGGAAAUUGGAAUCCCAAGAGAGAGAGAGAGAAAAAAAAAAAUGAGCUUUCAAGAUGUGCAGAAUGGUGCCAGGCCAUCCUCCUCAAACUCAGUGGCUUCUAGGACUAGGAGCCCAUCACAAGCUGUUGCUGCUGGAAUUUUCCAGAUUAACACCGCCGUGGCUGCUUUCCGUCGCCUAGUUGAUGUCAUCGGCACCGCCAAGGAUACUCCCGAUCAUCGCGCCAAACUGCAUAGCACAAGACAGGGAAUUCUGCAGCUGGUGAAGGAAACUUCUGCGAAGCUCAAGUCAUUGAGCGAAUCCGAUCGUGACUCCGAUGUGAAUGCAAGCAAGAAGAUAGAAGAUGCAAAGCUUGCAAAAGAUUUUCAGAACACAUUGCAGGAAUUCCAGAAAAUUCAGCAGCUGGCCUCUGAGCGUGAGUCAAUGUACUCCCCUUACGCUCAUGUACCCUCCUUACCAUCAGUCUCUGGCUCUGAUGAAUCUUCAGUACCUGCUGCGGCUCAGGAGAGACAUCCUUUUCUCAUGGAACAGAAGCACAGACAGGAGGUAAUUCUUCUUGAAAAUGAGAUUGCCUUCAAUGAGGCCAUGAUUGAGGAAAGAGAGCAGGGUAUUAGAGAAGUAGAAGAGCAAAUAGGACAAGCAAACGAAAUAUUCAAGGACCUGGCUGUUCUUGUCGUUGAGCAGGGUGUUGUUAUUGAUGAUAUUUCAUCCAACAUUGAUGCUUCAUCGGCUGCAACAACGCAGGCUAGAGUUCAACUGGUUAAGGCUUCCAAAAGUGUGAAGUCCAGAUCCUCAUGGUGUUGGUGGGUGCUGGGAGUAUUGGUAUUGGUGGUCGUAAUCUUUCUGCUCAUCCUUAUCUUUUAGUCCCAAGGAUUCAUCAUUGAUGGACUCUUCUUUAUUGUUUGACAACAGUUUUGUGUAUUAUUUGGUACUUGUUUGUUACGCUGGAUUGGCUUUUGUUUGAGCUGAACUUCAUGGUUUGUAUCAAUUUGAUCUAGAAUCUAAUUUCUUUUCCAUAUGCAGCCCGCAAGAAAUUGAGAAAUUUCUG